CUAAUUCCCAUAACCCCACAAGGCGCAAGUUCGACGUCGCAACGUACUAGUGCAACGGGAAGUAUCGAACUACCGUCGAUUCCAUGCCACUUCAAGGUUCUAGAGCUUUCGAAGGCGAAACCUUCCUCUACCACUCUCAUCAUUAUCGCCAUCGUUGCAUACAUACUUAAAUCCUGGGACACUCAAACGAGAACUCAUAUUUCAACGUAGGCGUAGGUGUAACGAUUUCAUCAGGUUUGCAAACAACUCGAGCCAAGUGGCAUCAUGGCCACUGAUGACCCGUCCGAUAACCCUUUUAUCCGUUUCAGAAAGCACAUUGAUACCAACAUUCAACGAGGAUUUCAUACUGUCUUCGGAUCAUCAACAGCUACGGUGACAAAGACCAACAACAACAUGUCGACCGACAAUUCAAAGUCGGAGAACUCCACACCAUAUUCAGAAAUGCCGGAUCACGAUAAAAGGAGUGCCAGUACGAGUGCUAGUACGAGUGCCGACGAUGUUCUUUCUUGGGCUGUUUCAUCUCCUUAUUCUCCAGCGAAUCUCCAGUCUUUGCCACAACCGCGUCCGAACGACGCACCUCGAGAUUACCCAGAUUGCUUUACCUUCCGAGAUUCAUUUGAAGACCUCUUGAGGGCAAGCGAUCAGCGGCCGCUCUCUGAUCUGCGGAGGCUUGUGUUCGCUAAACAGUUCGAACAUUUCAAAUACUCCCCGUGGGGCAUGCCCGUCGAGGACUGGGUGAAUAGCAUCGGACGACGAGGCCUUUGGGACACCUACUUUCCGCUUUCUUCGUCGGCCAAGCGUGAAUUAUCUUACGGCUUAGUGUCGCCCUGGAUAUUCCAGACUCAGGAAAAGACCUUCAACCAACCCCAUAUCUUCACAUGGUCGAGCGUUACUUUUCCACGUUGGGAAUAUCACUUCCCACGAUCUGACCACGAUUGGACUGGAUACAGUGAGCCACCAUCUAAACAUGAAGUCGAAACGGCCCAGUAUCAGGAAGCAGAUACAGAAGAAGCCCUGUAUACAAACACCCCAUCCAAAUUUACUACAAGUAGCCGAGCAGGAACAGACGUUUCUCGAGCAGAACCAGUGAAUACUAAACUCGGAUUAACUUGGGAGCCCGAUUCCUCAGAUUCCUCAGAUUCCGCAACAGCGCCAGUUUCUCAAACAAUAGAAACUCCUGAUGGCGGCAAGAUCCUAAAAACAGUUCAGCAACGCACUCACGGCGGUGGGACCAAAACGACGACAACCACACGACAAUUUGAUGCGGAUGGCAAUUUGAUAGCACAAGGCGAAGAAACUAGUUGGUCGUGGUCACGCACAUUCCCAAAUACGGCCUCGUCAUUCAACGAGGGAAAAGCAGGUUCUAGCGCUGAAGCUACAACGUCGUCUUCCGUGGGCGGCGAGGCAAGUAUUCGAGGGAGUGGAAAGGUCAACGGCUGGUUCUGGACAAGAUGACGUACACACGUAACUAUACAUCUCUGCAGGCAGUAUGUUUGAAUGUUAUUCACGGUCUCCUUUAUCUUGAAUAAGGGCAUUUCCAUGUGCCGAGUAAGAUGUCAUCCGGCUCCUCCAGGUACCACAACAUGCCUAUCC